AUGGCAAGCACAAAAUCCCCAAUCGAUACAUUGAAAGAGUUAAAUCUUAAGCUCGUUCUUCAAAUCGAUGAACUUAGAAAGGAGAAUGCUGAAACGUCUUCUACAAAAGAUAUUUUGCAGUCUACGGCUUGUUCAGAAUUAUCAGUAAAUACCCAGAUCCGGGCACAAAUUCCUAUUUCUUCCAAAAUAAUUGAUAAGUCUAAAGGGUCAUUAUCCAUUCAAUUACCUAUCGAGGGCCAGUCUGACAAGGAGAGAGACAUUAAUCCUGAUCCCUUUCCCAAACUAGAACAUAGUUUGACAAGACCUGAAUCGUUAGCAGAAUCUGAAACAUUCGAAUCUUCUUUAUCACAGGAUAUUAUUAAUAACGAUUCAGUUGAGAUUCUUGAAUUUGUGGAAAAAGUACAUAAAGAAAAUAUUAGUAAUAUAGUAAGGGAGAGAAAUAGAAAAAAGAAACUUCAGAGUCAAGGAUCAAUGCAAAAUACAUCUUCCUCUUCUGAUAUACAAAAUGAGGUAAAUCCUAUUAUCGAUAUCCAUGAGCAUACCCAUUCAGAAUCAAUGCCUACUGAUCAAGCACAAAAUACUGGAAUCAAAAAUCCAUAUUAUAAAAGAGUAGAACAAGACUUAAGACACAAGUUGUUUAUGUAUAUUAAAGGAAAUAAUAAUAAAAUUAGUGAUGUAUUUGAUAUACAAAUUCCUGAAUUCUUGUUAGAA